AUGCAUCGAUGUGCAAUAUGCCAGAAUAAUCGUGCCCAGGUCAUCCGGCCGAAAAACGGGCAGAAGAUUUGCAAGAACUGCUUUCUCGAAGUGUUUGAACUCGAGGUCCAUACAACCAUCGUCGAGAACAAUAUUUUCCCGAGCCGAGGGGAGCGGGUAGCGAUCGGGGCAUCUGGAGGAAAGGAUUCAACCGUCCUCGCUGCUACUCUGAAAGCUCUCAAUGAGCGAUAUGACUACGGUGUUGAGUUUGUCUUGUUAUCCAUAGAUGAGGGGAUUCAUGGCUAUCGAGACGACAGCCUGGAGACAGUAAAGAGGAAUGCGAUACAGUAUGAAAUGGAACUUUGUAUUGUCGGAUACGAUGCUCUUUACGGGUGGACGAUGGAUAAAGUUGUUGAGAAGGUCGGUAGGAAGGGAAACUGUACCUACUGUGGAGUUUUUCGCAGGCAGGCUUUGGAUCGCGGUGCCAAACGGCUCAAUAUCUCCCACAUCCUUACCGGUCACAAUGCCGACGACAUCGCCGAAACUGUCCUUAUGAACCUUCUCCGAGGAGACCUCCCACGAUUAGGUCGGUGUGCAGAGAUUAUGACCGCUUCCCUCACUUCGCCUAUGAGGCGUAGCAAACCCCUUAAGUAUGCCUACGAAAAAGAAAUAGUGCUUUAUGCACACUACCGUGAGCUGGACUACUUUUCGACUGAAUGUGUUUACUCGCCCGAGGCAUUUCGUGGGAAUGCUAGGUCGCUUUUGAAAGAGUUGGAAAAGAUCAGACCCAGCUCUGUUCUUGAUAUAGUGAGGAGUGGGGAACAACUUGUCCAUAAUGCGGUAAGCCCAGUUAAGCUGGGCUGCGAAGAUCCAAAAAGGAACUGGCGUGAAGAAAGAAUGGGAUUGGUAAAUGGUAGCCAGACUCUCAGUGACGAGCCGGUAAACCCGAAGCUAUUGCCGAAGAUUGUUCAUAAGACCAGAAACGACGCCACUUAUCAAAUAACUGUAAGAUCAGUUCAACAACCAAUACCAAGUGUGAAACUAAAAUUCUUCAUAUUCUUCGCUUAG